CCUGUAAUGGGGGGAUGGACGUUUUAAGGCGUUAUUUUUCAAUUUUUUUUUUAAAAAAACGCCACACUACGGGUGGUCUAAGACAGAAAUCCUACCAUGUUUGAUUCAUUGGCCAUUAGUGUAAAACCAUCCAUCAUCUCUCCGGCCACUUUUUCCGAUUCCGAUGGCUCUGCAUAUCGCCAAACGCCUCCUCCGCACCCACGGCACCACCCCUACCGUCGCGCUUUUCUCAGCCGUUGAUCGGAGCUUUUCCUCCACCUCUUCCGAUCUGAUUCGCGCCACUCUCUUCCCCUGCGACGGCAUUGGUCCCGAGAUCGCUGAAUCGGUCAAACAGCGUUGCACCCAUGUACGGGAUUGCGGUUGCUGCUCUUGGAAUGCCGAGCACCAUUGCCACCGGUCUAGCCAUCCAUGCUUACGGUCCGAUCAGUGACAAUGCUGGCGGCAUUGCUGAGAUGGCGGGAAUGAGCCAUCGCAUCCGUGAGCGGACCGAUGCACUUGAUGCUGCUGGAAACGCCACUGCUGCUAUCGAAAAGGUUGCCCUUGUGCCUGGAGAUGCAUUUGGGGAUGACUGCUGCAUCCGGAUCUCAUAUGCGGCAUCCCUCUCCGAUUAAUAUAUUUGAUAUUAUGAGUUUUUAUUCGA